AUGAAGAUCAUCUCUGAAGAAGAAAAGAACGAACAUAAAUAUGCCGUUCUUAAAGAAGGACUUAAAGGGUGUGCCAUUGGUGCUGUUAUCGGUUACGGGUUGUCACAAUUAAUUAAAUAUAAACACCCAGCUAGAUUUGCUAGUUUCAAUGCCUCAGUUAAGGCAUCCUUAUAUGUUAUGCCUGCUAUAACAGUUGGUGCAUUCAUGGCUGAUGAUGGUUCUGUCAAAUUUGAUGAAAAGAAAUACCGUUCUGAUUACUUAAAACAGAAGGAUGAAGAAGCUUUACAGAAAUUCGAACUGAUGACUACUAGCGAGAAAUUUAUCCAUAACUUGAAUGAAAACAAAUAUAAAUAUAUUGUUAGUGCUUGGGCUGCUUCUUUAUAUGGUUCCUGGAAAAUUGUGAGCAGAGACAAAUAUAUGACAAAUGCACAAAAGAUUGUGCAAGCUAGAGUUUAUGCACAGGCCAUUACCGUGGUGUUAUUAUUAGGAACUAUCUUGUUGAGUAUGAGAGACGCGGAAUUAAAGAAGAAACAACCUGUUCAAGAACCUGAAUGGAAGAGAUAUUUAGAUGAACAAGAACGUCUCAAGAAAGAAGAACAACAUGCACAUUAG